GCCGCGAACUUGAUCGAUGCUUCAUUAUGUUGGAUCUCGUUUUGUAGAUGUAUUAGUGUGUUGUAACAGCUCGUAUAUGACUUUUUAGGAUGUCAUCAAAGAAGAAGAAGAGUGAGUCUGAGCGAAAGCAGGACGCAGACGUCGCAAUACCAGAAGAAUCCGAGAGAGCGACAGUAUUACAGAUUGAAUAUGACACCAUUUCUGAGAAACUGAGCACAUUGAAAAGACAAGUUAAACAACUACGAAGAGAAAAUGAGUUUCUUCAGAAUGAGGUCAACCAGACCCAUAUGGAAAAUAAGGAGCAGAUCUCAUAUCUGUCUGAGAAGGCAGAGAGGAAACAGAAUGCAAUAGUGACUCUGAGUGAUCAGAGCCAACAGGAGCUGAAUGAGCUGAGGAGACAGGGACAGAAAAUACAGGAUGACUACAAGGAGCAAACCAAUGAGUUGAAGAAUAAGAUUCUGCAGAAAGAAAAUGAACUGACCCUGCUGAAUUUAGAAAUUGCAGACCUUAGAGAGAGUAAGACUCUUCAACAGCAGCAGUUGUGUCGAAUAGCUGAGUUGGAGAGGGAGCUGGCUGCCAUAUACUGUCAUAAUACAGAGUCUUUAGUGGCUCUCAAAGCUGGCUUCCUACAAGAGAAGAAGAGCUAUGAGCGACAGGCCACUAACAAGCUGCAUGCUUUCAGCAUUUCAGCUAAAAGGGAGGUGCCACGAUACCUGAUGUCCCACCAGAAGGAAGUGUUUCAGGAGAAUCAGUGCCUGCUUGAGACAUUAAAACAGCUAGUCCCUAGAGCUGAAACACUAAACAGACAACAUGAUCUUCUGCAGACACAGCGUCGGCAACUGCUGCUGGAGAGAGAAAAUAUGCAGUGGCUUCACUGUCAGCGUUUUCCCCCUCGCUCAAAAUCCAUAAAACCAACAGAAACGAACAGAAAGAACACCCCAAAAGAUUCCACCAGUAACCAACAGCAUGAAGAUCAGUAAGAGAUGUUGGCCUGUUCAGCAAUUACAUUUAUCAAACUCUUGCUUUCUUUUCUGUUUGGUUUAAACCUGCCCUUUAUUUUACUAAGA